ACGGCGUCUCAUAGGCUGAUCGAGCGGAUUAUUCCCGCCCCUUGAGCGCAGUCACUGAAACGGAGGCUGAAGAGGGACAAUCACAGAGCAACCGCGAUGGCUCUUCGGGGGCUGACAAACGCAGUCAGGAUGUCCAUCACUAAGAUUCACGCACGCGAGAUCCUCGAUUCCAGAGGAAACCCUACUGUGGAGGUUGAUCUCCACACAAGUAGAGGUUGUUUCAGGGCUGCUGUGCCCAGUGGUGCCUCCACAGGUAUCCAUGAGGCUCUGGAGCUGAGAGACGGGGAUAAGACCCGCUACCUGGGGAAAGGUGUGCAGAAAGCCGUGGAACAUGUCAACAAGGACAUCGCUCCUGCUCUGCUGGAGAAGAAGCUGAGUGUGGUUGAGCAGGAGAAGAUUGACAAGCUCAUGCUGGAGCUGGAUGGUACUAACAACAAGUCUCGGUUUGGCGCUAACGCCAUCCUGGGCGUGUCUCUGGCCGUGUGCAAGGCGGGCGCUGCGGAGAAGGGCGUGCCCCUGUACCGUCACAUCGCCGACCUGGCAGGACACAAGGAAGUCAUCCUGCCCGUGCCAGCCUUCAACGUGAUCAACGGCGGCUCCCACGCCGGGAACAAGCUGGCCAUGCAGGAGUUCAUGAUCCUGCCGGUCGGCGCGUCCUCCUUCCACGAGGCCAUGCGCAUGGGCGCCGAGGUCUACCACAACCUGAAGAGCGUCAUCAAGGCCAAGUACGGCAAGGACGCCACCAACGUGGGCGAUGAGGGCGGCUUCGCCCCCAACAUCCUGGAGAACAACGAGGCUCUGGAGCUGCUGAAGACUGCCAUUGAGAAGGCAGGCUACCCAGACAAGAUCAUCAUCGGCAUGGACGUGGCAGCAUCCGAGUUCUUCAGGGACGGCAAAUACGACCUGGACUUCAAGUCCCCCGACGACCCCUCACGCUACAUCUCAGGAAAGGAGCUGGGAGAUCUCUACAAGAGCUUCAUCAAGAACUACCCAGUCCUGUCCAUUGAGGACCCCUUUGACCAGGACGACUGGGAGCACUGGAGUGAGUUCACAGAAUCAGUGGGCAUCCAGAUCGUGGGAGACGACCUGACCGUGACCAACCCCAAACGCAUCCAGACCGCAGUGGAGAAGAAGGCUUGCAACUGCUUGCUCCUCAAAGUCAACCAAAUCGGCUCCGUCACAGAGUCCAUCCAGGCGUGCAAGCUGGCUCAGUCCAAUGGCUGGGGUGUGAUGGUCAGCCAUCGGUCAGGAGAGACUGAGGACACCUUCAUCGCUGACCUGGUUGUGGGCCUGUGCACAGGACAGAUCAAGACCGGAGCCCCCUGCAGGUCCGAGCGUCUGGCCAAAUACAACCAGAUGAUGAGGAUUGAGGAGGAGCUUGGACACAAGGCCAAGUUUGCUGGCAAAGACUUCCGUCAUCCAAAGAUCGACUAAUAUAAGCGACCAUCCGACAGCAACUCCCUCACAAGCUCCAUCAUCUGAUUUGAACACUUUUGGUCGUUUUUUUAUUAAAUUUUAUCUUCUAUCUCUGUUGCUCUCUGUCACCUUCUCUUGACAGGUUCUCUUGGGAGUUGGGAAUUAAAAAAAGGUGAAAAUAA